AUGGAUUCUGACAAGUCAUCCAAAGGCCCCUACUCAGGUUUCGAGACUAGUCUGCCCUCCCCCGCUCAAAACCCCCGUCAAGAUCCUGCAACAAACCCCGAAGGAAAUGUCACCAGACAACGUCGCGUUUCUGUCACUAAGGUCACGACUCGCCAGCAUUUCUGCCAUCAAUCUUCCCCGAGCACCUUGAAUCACCAGACGCCCAAUGUGAACGAACCGGUGACAAGAGAAGAUAUCGAGCGAUGGCUGAAACAGGGCGAGGAGGAAUCGCGACAUAACCUCUUCAGUCAGGUGUACGAAUGGCUCUCGCGCGAAAAGUCCAAACGCAAGAAUAUUAGGAAGUCCAAUGGCUCGACAAACGGCUCAGGGAAUGGUGUUGACAACGAAGGAGACGCACAUGGCGAUGGUGCUCAUUUGACGAAGACUGUUUCGCAAGGCUCCGAUACCACCCUAGCCCUAGAUGGACUAGAAAAGAUUCUCCUACAAUAUGCUUCUCGAUAUGAUAACCGCGCUACAUCAACUUGCUCCUCACGUCGAUCCGCACGCCGGCGCCAUGCUUUGAAGGGUCUGCGGAGAGGCUCCGCUUCCGAGUCCGAUCAUGAACUCGACCCAGUCACCCCUGGCGUGGAUGCUGUUUUGGACAACUCAAGAACGUUAUCUUAUACUGGUGGUGGCGUGGAAAGUGAGGAUGGCGAUACUGCAAGCAUCAAGCGAGCCAAAGAUCGAGAGGCCUGGAUUGUCUUCAAGAGCGAACUUCUCCGCUUGACUCAUACGCUGCAAUUGAAGGGCUGGCGAAAGAUCCCGAUGGAGUUGGCGGCUGAAAUUGAUGUGGUUCGACUGAGCGGUGCUUUAACGAACGCUGUAUACAAAGUCACACCUCCCCAGAACAUUCCUCCACCCAGAGCCGAAGACGGAUCGUAUACAUUGGUGCCUAGGAGGCCUCCUCCGAAGCUCUUGCUACGUAUCUAUGGCCCGCAGGUGGAUCACCUCAUCGAUCGAGAGAAGGAACUUCAAAUUCUUCGACGACUGGGACGGAAGAAUAUUGGCCCCAAAGUACUCGGGACGUUCAUUAACGGUCGGUUCGAGGAGUAUUUUGAGGCUCGCCCCCUCACGCCGAAGGAGCUCCGGGAUCCGUCGACGAUGAAGCAGAUUGCGAAACGCAUGCGCGAGUUGCACGAUGGGAUUGACCUGCUAGACGACGAGAGAGAAGGUGGUCCGAUGGUCUUCCACAACUGGGACAAGUGGGUUGAUCGUUGUCAGCAGGUGAUCAGCUGGGUAGAUACAGAAAUCCACUCCCCUCAGAACGAGAGCAAAGCUGCGUCUGAGCCCUGGCGUCGACGUGGAUAUGUCUGCGGUGUUCCUUGGCCCAAGUUUCGCAAGGCAGUCGAAGACUACCGUAAGUGGUUGGUUGUGAAUAGCGGUGGCAUACAUGAGAUCAAACGGCAGCUAGUGUUUGGCCAUAACGACACACAAUACGGUAACUUGUUGCGCAUGGAGCCUAGCCAGCAGUCCCCCCUUCUCCUCCCGCAGAACGAGCACAAGCAACUGGUCGUCAUCGACUUUGAAUAUGCCUCAGCGAACACGCCCGGUCUGGAAUUUGCGAACCACUUUACCGAAUGGUGCUACAACUACCACGACACCGAGAAACCCUGGGCAUGCAGCUCCCUGUUCUACCCAACACCAGAGCAACAACAUCAAUUCAUCACCGCGUACCUAACCCACAGACCAGGGUUGGGCGGCCGCGCCUCCCCAUCUAUCACACCGAUCAUGCGUCCCCUUUCCGCAAGCACCCCCACCAUGACACCACUCGACCUCAACGCAACCAGCCCCGACCUGGUCCCUCAGCGCCCGCUGGAUAGUAUCGAGCGCAGUACAUACCAGGACACUCUAGAAGCAGAGACUCAGUUCCUCAUCCGCCAGACACGACUCUGGCGCGUCCUCAAUUCAGCUCAGUGGGUGGCUUGGGGUAUUGUUCAGGCUAAGGUGCCGGGGAUGGAGAACGACGUAGACUCGACCGCAGCGCCACCGGUAGACAGCGAGGUUGACGAUUCAGACGAAUUCGAUUAUCUGGCCUACGCGCAGGACCGGGCGUUCUUCUUCUGGGCAGAUCUUGUGGCUUUGGGAUUUGUCCAAAAGGAGCAGCUUCCAGGGCCCUUGGCCGAGGCUAUUGAGACGAGGCUACUGGACUAUUGA